GCCGGCGGCGACUUCCACCACGAAGACGAGGAGCUCCGCACCGCCCACCAGCAGGCCCAGCAGUACGCCGGCUCGUCUGGCAGCAGCGAGCUCUUUUCCCAAAUCAUCAACACCAUCAGCCAGAAGAAGAACCGGCUGGCCGAGGACGACAUUGACGAGCAGGAUGCCAUCCGCAAGCACAAGCAGACCUACGAACAAGACGCCGACAACCUAGACUCGGGCAGCCUCGGCUCCGCCGCCGCUCUGCAGGCGCUCAAGAAGUUUACACAGGGCGAGACGGGCGGGAACCAGAGCCAGGGCGCCUUCUUGGGCCUGGCCAUGUCUGAAGCCAGCAAGCUCUUCGACUCAAAGGCCGCCAACGGCAAAGUUUCCUCCGAGGCGAGCAAGGAGUCUGCGAUUCAGCAGGCGGGCGAGUUGGCGUUGAAGAUGUACUUCAAGAGUCAGGGCGGAGGUCAGCAGGGUCCUUCUGGGUUGAUGGGGCUUGCUUCCAAAUUUCUCUGA